UCACCGUGUUUGCUCUCUGGCCUCCAGCUGACGGGUCCCACUGGCCCUGGCUGCGCUGUUCGUUCCCUGCUGGGCACGGAGCCGGGCAGAAAAGUGCUGGUUUCCGCUCUGUUUUGAAUUUCUCUCUUCUGCCUGACUUUGUCCUUUGUUGGGAAGCAGCAGAGCCACAGGAAGGGCAGGGGCCGAAGGGGCAGCUGUGCACGGAAGAGGAGGAGGAGAGCAUCGGAGGAAGGCAGGAGCAGGGGCCCCGCGGCAGGGAGAGCCGGGCCGGAGCGCGCCUCGCUGGACAUGGGGUACCUGAGCUGCGCCUGGCGGGCGGCCGCCCCCCGCCUGCCCGCCCCAUGGAGGAGCCCCCGCUCCCGCGGCAGCGCCACCGGUCCCACGGCCAGGAAGAGCGUCCCGUACGAGAAGACGCUGCAGGAGGACGGCUCCGGGAGCGGGGAGCCCAGCCGGCCCCCGCCGCACACCGCAGAGGUGGUGGUGGUCGGGGGGGGCAGCCUGGGCUGUCAGACCACCUACCACUUGGCCAAGCAGGGCCUCACCAGCGUGGUGCUGCUGGAGCGGGACCGCCUGACCUCGGGCACCACCUGGCACACGGCCGGUCUGCUCUGGCAGCUGCGUCCCAGCGACGUGGAAGUGGAGUUGCUGGCACACACGCGGGACGUGGUCAGCCGGGAGCUGCCGGCGGAGACGGGGCUGCACACGGGCUGGGUGCAGAACGGGGGCCUCUUCAUCGCCUCCAACAAACAGCGCCUUGAUGAGUACAAGAGGCUUAUGUCGCUGGGGAAGGUGUAUGGAGUUGAGUCCUACGUCCUGACCCCAUCGCAGACCAAGGACCUGUACCCACUGAUGAACAUCGAGGACCUGUAUGGCACGCUGUAUGUCCCCAAGGAUGGCACCAUGGAUCCUGCUGGUACCUGCUCGACUCUUGCCAGAGCAGCAGCUGCCAGAGGCGCUACGAUCAUCGAGAACUGCCCGGUCACCGGCAUCCAGGUCAGAGCUGACGAUUUCGGGGUGAGGAGGGUGCAGGCGGUGGAGACGGCGCACGGCACCAUCCAGACCCCCUGCGUGGUGAACUGUGCAGGGGUCUGGGCACCAGCGCUGGGCCGCCUGGCAGGGGUGCAUGUGCCGCUGGUGGGGAUGCACCAUGCCUAUGUGGUGACCGAGCGCAUCGAGGGCAUUCAGAACAUGCCAAACGUUCGCGAUCACGAUGCCUCGGUCUAUCUCCGUCUCCAAGGCGAUGCCCUGUCUGUGGGUGGAUAUGAGUCAAACCCCAUCUUCUGGGAGGAGGUGUCUGAAAAAUUUGCUUUUGGCCUCUUUGACCUGGACUGGGAUGUUUUCAUGAAACACAUCGAAGGUGCCAUCAACAGAGUUCCAGUGCUGGAGAAAACGGGCAUUAAAUCCACUGUCUGUGGGCCAGAGUCGUUCACAGCCGACCACAAGCCGCUCAUGGGGGAAGCCCCAGAAGUCCGAGGGUUCUUCCUUGGCUGUGGCUUUAACAGUGCUGGGAUGAUGCUGGGAGGUGGCUGCGGGCAGGAGCUGGCUCACUGGAUCAUCCAUGGGCGGCCAGAGAAGGACAUGUAUGGCUACGACAUCAGGAGGUUUCACCGCUCCCUCACCAACAACAACCGCUGGAUCCGGGAGCGGAGCCACGAGUCCUACGCCAAGAACUACUCUGUGGUCUUCCCCCAUGACGAGCCGCUGGCGGGGCGCAACGUGAGGAAGGACCCACUGCACGAGGAGCUGCUGCGGCAGGGCUGCGUUUUCCAGGAGCGGCAUGGCUGGGAGAGGCCUGGCUGGUUCAGCCCCAGGGGCGCAGCCCCGGUCCUGGAUUACGACUACUACGGUGCAUACGGCCGGGAGCGCCAUAAGGACUACACCUACAACCAGCUGCUGGGGGACGAGUACACCUUUGACUUCCCCCCCCACCAUGGCAUUAUCAGGACCGAAUGCUUAACGUGCAGAAAUGCCCUGGCGCUCUUCGACAUGUCUUACUUUGGGAAAUUCUACCUCGUUGGUCCUGAAGCAACAAAAGCGGCAAACUGGCUGUUCACUGCUGAUGUGAGCAAAGCACCAGGCUCCACCGUGUACACCUGCAUGCUGAACCGGCGCGGCGGCGUGGAGAGCGACCUGACCGUCAGCCGCAUCAGCCCCGGGGCCCCGGCCUCCCCCCUGGCCCCCGCCUUCGAAGGGGACGGCUACUACCUGGCUAUCGGCGGGGCUGUGGCUCAGCACAACUGGUCACACAUCACUGCUGUGCUGCAGGACAUGAAGCUCCAGUGCAAGCUCCUCGACUGCUCAGAGGAGCUGGGCAUGAUGAGCAUCCAGGGCCCCCUCAGCCGCGUUGUCCUCCAGGAGGUGCUGGACACGGACCUCAGCAACGAGGCUUUUCCCUUCUCCACGCACAAGCUCGUCACGGCCGCAGGGUGCACGGUCCGUGCCAUGCGGCUGUCGUUCGUCGGGGAGCUGGGCUGGGAGCUGCACGUGCCCCGGGCAGACUGCGUGAAGGUUUACCAGGCGGUGAUGCAGGCGGGGGCCCGGCACGGCAUUGCCAACGCUGGCUACAGGGCCAUCGACAGCCUCAGCAUCGAGAAAGGGUACAGGCACUGGCACGCAGACCUGCGCCCCGACGAUACCCCGCUGGAAGCAGGCUUAGCCUUCACCUGCAAGCUCAAGUCCAGCAUCCCCUUCCUGGGCCGGGAGGCUGUGGAGGCUCAGAAAGCCAAGGGCAUCUUCCGCCGGCUUGUCUGCUUCACCACCGAGGAGAAGGUGCCGAUGUUCGGCCUGGAGGCGGUCUGGCGCAAUGGGGAGGUGGUCGGCCACAUCCGGCGGGCAGACUUCGGAUUUGCCAUUGACAAAACCAUCGCCUACGGCUACAUCCGUGACCCGGCGGGGGGCCCGGUCUCACUGGAUUUUGUGCGGAGCGGCAGCUACGAGCUGGAGCGGAUGGGGGUGCCCUACCCUGCACAGGCACACACCAGGUCCCCCUUUGACCCGGACAACCAGCGAGUGAAGGGCAUCUACUGAGCAUGGGGCCGGCGAGCGGGGCUGCGGCUACAGUGGGACAGGAAGAUGCCAUUGGAAGCUGCUGGCUGGAUUCCCGGCCCCUGUUGCCCCAGGUGGCCACAGAAUCUGCUGGGAGAGCCGGGGAAUUGCCUGCAGCGAGCUCGUCAACCAGAAUUAGGUCAAAUGAUUGGGGAAAAUGAGGAAGAGAUGCCAGAAAGUCCUAAGAUGUUGUUGCUCUGUUUUCUAAAUGAAGCAGUACCACUAAAGCAAUAAUUCUUUUCCUUGGGUUAAGUGGCCUGAAAACAACGUUUUGCUCGACUGCAACUGAA